UCAGUACCAAAAGCGGUAACCCUAAGCUACACUCGGGCUUACCAUGCGGCGUUGCACAAGGAUUCCCUACAGCGCUUACCUUGUCCUUCACUCUCGCGAUGCGUCCCCUGCAGCGUCCCCGGCCAUCUCCUCCAGCCGAUGCCGUCAUCUAGCUUCCGUGUUCCGGUCCCUGUGACGUCGGGACGUACGGGCGCCAGAACCGGCGGCAAAUUUAAAAAAAUGCAAUUUUUUUUUUAUUUUUUUUAUUUCUGCUUUGUCCUGUGCCCUGCCUGCAUUUUGACUGUUCUUUCU